UCUCGGCGGAGGCCGAUGGGCAGCGGGCGGCCGCGCUGGGUGCGGGGACCGGUACCGGCUCCGGGACCCCGCCGGGGCGGCGGCGGUGCGGGACGCUGAGGGCUCGGCGGCGGAGGAGCUGGAAGGGAAGGGAAGGGUCGUCGUCGUUGUUGUUGUUGUUGGUGGUGGUGGUGGUGGGGGUGGUGGGAUGCCCCCCUGCAAGCGCGGAGACUAACCCGGCCGGCCGGUGCAUGGCCCAGACAUGGAGGUGGUGGACGAGACGGAAGCUUUGCAGCGCUUUUUUGAAGGCCACGACAUUAAUGGAGCUCUGGAACCAUCUAACAUCGACACGAGCAUCCUGGAAGAGUACAUCAGCAAGGAGGACUCACCAGAUAUCUGUUUCCCUGACAUCCCUGCUUCAGCCAGCUAUGCGCACCCCCAGCCCUCCAGCUCAACCACCGUCAACGCGCCUCUUGCCAGCUCCAUCGCCAAUGUGACCAACCCCGCUUCCAGCGGUUCCCUCCACCUUCCUCCCCCGGGCAGCCAGAUCCCAAUCCGACAUGGUCCUCUUCUGGCCAACCCUUGCGGACCCAGCUACGGUGCUCACCUCAACUGCAAUAACAACAAUGGCAUGGUGGUGCCCAAGGGCUACCUUGGUGGCCACUGCCUAAACAACGUGGUCCCUCCAAUCAAAUCAGAGCCCAAGGCCUCCUACGCACCUGGCACUUUACCUGACUCUCCCCCGGACUCCGGAUCAGAAGCCUACUCCCCUCAGCAGGUGAAUGAUCCUCACCUCCUCCGGACCAUGACCCCCGAGAACAUGUGCCACAUGACUCCCCCUUCUCGCCUGGAGCACCCUCCUCCGCCGCCUCCCCCUCCGCCUCCCCACCUGCAGGGUCCCCCGCCACCGCCGCCCCCCCACCCGCACCAGCAGCAGCACAACCCCCACUACCCCGGCCUGCAGCGGGACAUGUUCAUGAAGGCCGAGCCCCUGAUGCCACCCUACGGCAUGGGGCAGGGCAUGGCGCCUGCCGACCUCCACCAUGCCCAGCAGUCGCAGAUGCUGCACCAGCUACUCCAGCAGCACGGAGCAGACCUCCCGGUGCACCCUGCCAAGAAGCGGAAACACUCUGAGUCGCCCCCCAACACCCUCAAUGCACAGAUGCUCAACGGGCUGAUAAAGCAGGAGCCAGGUAUGGGGUCCGUGCCACUCAACCCUGACAGAGUCCAAACGCCUCCCUGGCACCAGCCGGGAGCGCUCUCACCAGGCCUGAUUCAAGACAACGACAGCUUGAACGGCUCCUACUUGGAUCCCAACUACCAGUCUAUAAAGUGGCAGCCACAUCAACAGAACAAGUGGGCAACCCUGUAUGAUGCCAACUACAAAGAACUCCCGAUGCUCACCUACCGCGUCGAUGCUGACAAGGGCUUCAACUUCUCAGUGGGCGACGACGCUUUUGUGUGCCAGAAGAAGAAUCACUUCCAGGUCACAGUCUACAUCGGCAUGCUUGGAGAUCCCAAGUAUGUGAAGACCCCCGAGGGCCUGAAACCCUUAGAGUGCUUCUACCUGAAGCUGCACGGAGUGAAGCUAGAGGCCUUGAACCAGUCCAUCAAUAUCGAGCAGUCGCAGUCUGACCGCAGCAAACGGCCCUUCAACCCCGUCACGGUCAACCUGCCUCCAGAGCAGGUCACCAAGGUCACUGUGGGGCGGCUGCACUUCAGCGAGACCACAGCCAACAACAUGCGGAAGAAAGGCAAACCCAACCCAGACCAGAGGUAUUUCAUGCUCGUGGUGGCCUUGCAGGCACACGCGCAGAACCAGAACUACACGCUGGCAGCCCACAUCUCCGAGCGCAUCAUCGUCAGAGCCUCCAACCCUGGCCAGUUUGAGAGCGACAGCGACGUGCUCUGGCAGCGCGCACAGCUCCCCGAUACUGUUUUUCACCAUGGCCGGGUUGGCAUCAACACGGACCGCCCCGAUGAAGCCCUCGUGGUCCAUGGCAAUGUGAAGGUCAUGGGUUCGCUGAUGCACCCUUCAGACGUCCGAGUGAAGGAGGACAUCCAGGAGGUGGACACCACAGAGCAGCUGAAGAGGAUCUCCCGUAUGCGGCUGGUCCACUACAACUACAAACCCGAGUUUGCGGCCACGGUGGGCAUUGACAACACCUCGGAGACAGGCGUCAUUGCUCAGGAGGUAAAGGAGAUCCUCCCUGAGGCUGUGAAGGACACCGGAGACCUGGUCUUUUCCAAUGGGAAGACCCUUGAGAACUUCCUGGUGGUCAACAAGGAGCGCAUCUUCAUGGAGAACGUGGGAGCCGUGAAGGAGCUGUGCAAACUGACAGACAACCUGGAGACCCGCAUCGAUGAGCUGGAGAGGUGGAGCCACAAGCUGGCCAAGCUGAAGCGGCUGGACAGCAUGAAGUCAACCGUGAGCUCCGGGGCAUUCAGCCAAACGGGAAGCCAGUUCAGCCGCGCGGGAAGCGUGCCCCACAAAAAGAGACCCCACAAAGUAGCCAGCAAGUCACCAUCGGUUGUCCCGGAACAAGCCUGCAUCAGCCAGCGGUUCCUGCAGGGCACCAUCAUUGCCUUGGUCAUCAUCAUGGCAUUCAGCGUGGUGUCCAUGUCCACGCUCUACGUGCUGAGCUUGCGCAGUGAAGAAGACCUCGUGGAUAUCGAUGGCUCUUUUGCUGUGCCCACUGCCUGUCUCCUGGCCCUCUUUCGGCACAGGGGUCCUGGGGUGCCGGUCGCUCUAUGUCCACGGUCAAGCCAGAACUUCGACAAAACGCAGAUGGUGCGAUCCACAGUUGCGUCAGACGGAGCCAGCGGCAGGACCCCCUCGCACCACGUCACAGAGGACACGCGUGACUUAGACUUCGGCUCACCUGGUCCCAGUGUGCUGGCCUGCUUCAGCCCACCAUGUUUCUCCACGUGCUGCUCUGCUGCUCCCACCAAUGUCUCCUCCGUUGCCCUCUCUGAGACCAGCCCCACUCAUGCCACGAACCGGACAGACCAAAGCCAGACCUCACUCCUGCCGGUGACAAAUAUCAAAGCCAAAUCCAGGGGCAUCACCGGGAAAGCGACCUCCUACGCCAAGUGGCCAAAGACGCCUGACAGGUCUCAGAGCUUCGGCAGCCCCAAUGCCAGCCCCUCCUCCCCCUUCACCCACCUCCAGGCCAAAUCCAAGUACAUCUCCAACCUCUCGCUCUCCCGCAGCAACUCCCCGCUGGGGCAGAGCCGGCAGCAGCGCAGCAUCAAGCAGCCGGUGAGCGAGUGGCCCCGCACGCAGGAUCCCGGCACGGAUGGGCCAAGCCCAGUGCUGCACUCCAUCCGGAUCACGGAGAUCAAUAUGGCCAUCCAGUCCCAGUACUGCGCAGCCGCCGACGCCUGCAGGACUGGAAACUUCACCUACCGCAUCCCUGUCAACCAGCUGACAGCAGUGAACACCAACCUGACCCUGGAGAUGAACUCCUCCUCCACCGUGUCCAUCUCCCUUUGUGGCCUCGUCUCCAACGACCCCUGCCAGGAUGCUGCGAGCACCAACACCUCCACCGAUGCCACAGACGCACAGGAAACGACGCACCGCUGGCCUCUCGUGAUGAUGUCUUUCCAGGAGUUCACCUACCACUUCCGAGUGGCGCAGCCUGGCCGAGCCAACUGCAGCACUGCCCCCGAGCAGAUGGGCCACCUUUUCACUGACUAUUAUUUCCAGUUUUACUGGCUCUGUGAGUGAGUCCUGGCAGCACCAGUGCCCUCUGGUCGGAGAGAGGAGGGGGACUGGUGACACUGGCGCCCUGUACACCCUCCUCCGCUAGCCCCCAGCCCCACUUUACCCCCUCCCCCCCGGCUGCUGCGGGGGGGGACGCGGAGCUGGUUUGGUUGUGGCUGGUGACACAAGGCACUGAAGCAGGGACACACAACCAGCCCCGUGGGACCUCCUGGGCUCACCUCGCGCCAGCUCCCACCCCCCCACCCGAAAUCCCUCUCUCCUUCCCUUUAUGGGGACGCCCGUGUCCUCCGUCGCUUCUCCCUCCCUUUGCCACACUGGAUUUGAAAGCAAUUACACUGGACUGAACGGGGACGGGAGCUCCAUCCUGUACUGGCCCAGCCGUCCCAGAUGCGGCGCAUCGGUUCUUCACGACACUGGAAAUUGCUCGACACUGGAGCCCUUUCCGAGAGCGAAACGCUGGAGUUUGGCCUGGAAAGGGAGGCUGUGCCUGGACGUACUGGAAGUCGUACACUGGAGUUGCUGUUCCUUCUACAGAAUACCCCCCCCCGGAGACCCCAGGACCCACCGACGGACUGUCCUUUGUGGACAACAAGCGAAGGUGCAGCUUCGACGUCAGCCCUGUCUGUCCCCCUCCUCACCGUACUCUUAACUUUCACCGUAUCCGCUGGAGAAACCCAAGAACCCCACUAAAAAAAGCGCUGCUGCGGCUGUGCCCGGGCCAAACCGUGUGUGGGGCCACUUGCCAUCAACCCAGGGGAGAAAAAAACCUCACCGGGAGUCACCUGCAUUAAAGCGUCGUGGGACCUGUUUUUAGUUUUCACUUGGCAGCCGCGCGCGGCCUCUCGCGACGCGCGUGGAGCCGCCCGCUUCGUCCUUCCAGCCAGCACAGCCACAUCUGCCCAGACGUGCAGAGGCGAGACCACCGGCAGAGCAUGGCCGGGUGGCCGGGGACGCGUGACGUGGCUCCGCUGCACCCCACCCUGGCUAAGGGAUCUCCGCCAGGUGCCGAAAAGGCUGGUCCUCCCCCUAAAGCGGGGAACGGCAGCGACCGCGGGCCCUCGCUGUCGGAGUGCGGUUAUGUUGAGUGUAUUUGGGGUGUUUUACUGUUACAAGUUCUUAACUUGCUAAACUACUGAAUUUUUAUUAUUUUGCGGGGGGAGGGGGGGGGCCGUUUAAGCAGUAUAAAAAUGGGUCUCUAAAUUCUGUCCCUGUUGAGCCACGCGUGUCUGGCGUAGGAAACCAAAGUUGGGCAGGGGGGCACUGCUAAGCUCCACGUUAAAAGCUUGAGAGCUCCAGCGGCGCCGGGAGGCGUCAGACUGGCUGCCCGGUGCCCAUCCUCCUCCCCGUCCCUAAAGACGGAGCCACCUGCGUCCCCGGAGGCCGAGCCACCCCCCAGGUCCUUGUGUCGGAGGGACAUUUCUCUAAGGAAGCAGCAGCUGGGGAAGGGCGGUGAGGGGGAAACGCCGCUCGCCGCUCCCGGAGGGCUCUAAAGCUGGCUUCGGAGAAGAGCACGCCUUGUCCCGCGCAGCUCCGGCGCUGGACGUUGGCAACCCAAACCAAACUGGUUUUGGGAAACGGCAUCAGGCUCCGGCUGCUGCGUUUUUGUGGCUUUCAGCGGAGCCGAUGGAGAUGGUCUCUUUGAGGUCCCUUCUGCCUCCUCUAAGCAUUCUGUGAGCGAUCCCUUUGCCGUCCCGUUACCAGCACGGAGGAGCGCGUGGCUGCUGCCACGGCUCCGGAGAAACAAGCUGCGAAGAUUUUUUUUUUUUUUUUUUUUCUUUUUUUAAAUCCAGAUAGAGAGAUGGUUCCUGCGCGCACCCCGUGGGACCCUACAUGGGCUUCUCUCCGCAGCCCGGGGAGCGGCUUUGUCUCCCGUCACCCGUCUCCGAACUCCUGAGCUCGUCCCUUGUGACAGCGCCAGGAGCUGGUGUCCCCGCCACCGAAGGCUUUUUAUUUGUAGGGCGGUUUCAAGGUCAGGUUUUCCAUUCCUGCUCUACGCCUACGGUCACCAAACGCUUAACUAGACCUGGGUGUGACGCUCUCCAGGCAUUAAAACGCACCGAAGCCUGGGCAGGCAGAGCCGGGGGGCCAGCAGGGAAAUUCCAGGCAGCCAAACAGGAGUGAAAAUGGGGGACUACCCAAAUUUGGGGAGCUCAGCAGGAAAGCAAGAGGUCCCAAGGUACCUGCACAUGAGCAGGUCAGCUCCACGCUCAGCAGGCUUCUCCAUUUCUCCCCGUUUCUCCAUUUCUCCCUGCGACUGGGACGGAAAGCCUCCGCCGUAGCCUUCUGGAGAGGCCGCCCAGCGCUCUUCCCUCCGCCUGCCCUGAGCUUUUUUUUUUUUUUUUGUGCUUAAUCUGGGAAGUUACUUUCUUGGCAGCUUUUAUUCUCCACUUGGCAAUCAGUGGCCCGGGCUGGCACGACCUUAUUCAGGCGAGCGAUGCCACGUGCUCUUCGACACCGGCUCAGCUGAGACGUAGCGUGCCCAGAGCCGCCGUUCUCCCUUGCGUUGCCGAGCUGGGCUAAACGCCCCUGCGCUCCUGUAGCCCCUUAAGAGGUGCCGGGCGGUGCUGCGAGGGCCACCACGAAGCCACCUCCUGGCUGGUGGCCCUGACCGAGGUCAGCAGAGACCCAGGAGUACAUCUCGCCCCGGGAAAAGCCGCUCCUGGAGGGGAAGAAUCAAUCAAUCGUUAAGAAACGCGCCGGCAGCGGCGUGGCCCAAGAGGAGAUGGGGGUCUCUCGGGUGUCCCUGCGACGCUCAGCCACGGCGUUAACCAGGGCCACUGGCAAACCAAGUGGCUGAGGGCUACGGAGACAUCCCCAGUGCCUUUUUCUGCUGCCAGGACAGCGCGAGGGACCAGCGGUUUCCCACGCGGGCGUAAAAUGCCGCGUGCCUCAAAACCGGUGGCCGGUUAGCUUAAGAACUGAGACGAGGCAACACCUGCAGUGCAGAAGCCGGCCCUGCCCACGCACGGCGGGUUGACAGCGGAGCAGCACCGGGCAGACAGCGAUCCCUGGGAUCGAACGAGGAGAAGGAUUCAGAAUGCGUUUUUAGCAUCUUAUAUCGCAAAUAGGAUUUUUUUUUUAUUUUUUUUUUUUUUUGUCUUAAACUCUACCGCAAAGCGUGCGCCGGUUCCGCCGGCCGCUGCGCAGCAAGGCAGAAACGAGCUCAGGGGGGGCUCCGUAAUUAUUUAAGGGUCACGGGAUUGGGCCGAAGCCCGCGGAAAAGAUCUGUUUGCGUAGAGUCCCCCCCAAGGAACUUCCCCCCUCAGUGAAGCCGCGUUCCCCAUCCCCAAUCAGUAACGAGAGAGUUCACAAUCAGGCCUUUCCCGGCGUAGAGACGGAGGGAGCUCUGAGCCGAUGUCUCCAGCCGUACAGCUUGGGGGAAAAAAAAGAAAAAAAAAAAACAAAACAAACCCCACUCUUCCCGCUGGAAACCAGACGCUUCAUCUCUCGAGACAUUCCCGGCAGGAAGGAAGACAAGCGUGGAAACGAAGCCACUCGCCAAAGUCUGGCUGCUUCGGAGUUUGUUUCAAAAGCAAAUUCGCAAACGUUCUGUCCUACCGUUUGAAAAGAGCUUAAAGCCUGUAAAUAGAGACUAUGCCACCACUGCAAGAAUUAAGGAAGGAAAAGAAAAAAAAAAAGAAAAAAAAAAAAAGUAAAGCACUAAUUUGUUUGGUUUAAAUGUUGCUGUCACAGCUUUAAUCACUGUAUAUUGCCAGCGAGUUUGUAGAGUUGCAUUCUUAGCAGGUUAUUAUUGAUUAUCGGUUUUUAUUCGUGGGGAACAAGCGUGGUUUCCCCCCCCUUUCUUUCUGAUUUAUAUUUAUAUUUUGCUGAAUUUGAGUGCCGACUCUCCGGAUUCCCCUUUUUUUUUUUUUUUUUUUUUUGGUUUGUUUGUUUGGCUUAUUUAGACUUUGUUUUAUGCUGGAGGUAAAUAUGCCCAUAUAAAUAAAUAUAUAAA